CCGUUUGGCCAUAAAAGGAAUCUUAAAUACUUUGGAAGCUCUAGCCAUUUUAUCUCUCCUAUUUUUGGUUCACUCUCUCUCUACACAUCAUUGGUGGCUUUACAUCAAAGUGAUGUGAAUCGUCAAAAGCAACCCAAACCAACAUCCCAGAAAGGUAAUUUCAAGAAAAUCUGGGGUAGGUUAAAUUUUCCGUGGUGAGAAAAUGGUGAGACAGAGAAUUCAGAUCAAGAAAAUCGACAACGUGACGGCGAGGCAGGUGACCUUUUCGAAGAGAAGAAGAGGGCUUUUCAAGAAAGCUCAUGAACUCUCAACACUCUGUGAUGCCGAGAUUGCUCUUAUUGUCUUCUCCGCUACUGGCAGACUCUUUGAGUACGCCAGCUCUAGUACGAGGCAGGUAAUUGAGAGGCAUAAUCUACAACCGCAGAAUCUUGUGCAACUAAACCAACCAUCAUUAGAGCUGCAGCUUGAAAAUAGCACACGUGCCAUGUUGAGCAAGGAAGCUGAAGAGAGGACUCUUGAAUUGAGGCAACUCAGGGGAGAAGAGCUCCAUGAACUUGGUUUCGAAGAAUUAAAGAAACUAGAAAAAUCACUGGAAGGAGGAUUGAGCCGUGUCUUAAAGACAAAGGAUGACAGGGUUGAGAAAGAAAUUGCUGCCCUUAGGAGAAAGGAGGCUAGAUUGAUGGAAGAGAAUGCGUGGUUGAAACAGCAAGUUCAAAUGCAGAUAGUGAAUAUGGGCCAACCACAAGAACAAGGGCAGUCUUCAGAAUCUAUCACCAACAAUGGCAGCACAGUUGCUCCUCCCCAAGACUAUGACAGCUCUGAUACUUCCCUCAAGUUGGGCCUACCUUAUCAGAGCUGAAUAUGAGGGUUGGCAUGGUCAAUAAAUAUGGUAAGCAAUAUAUAGAGUUGUAUUAUUGUUUUCAAAGUGUAUGACUUGUAUGCUUCAAAUUCAGAUCCAAUCGUCUUGUUACAUAUGUAUAUUCGUGUGGAGCCCUAUCAUUUCAGACAGUUGAUUCAAUAGUGAAUUUUUACAAUGCUGCAAAUUUGAGAAUUUGAGUCUUGGAUGUGUAAGUAUUAAAGCAUUGAGAUUGGAAUUGUCAUGAGUUACUGUUAAUUUUAAUUUUAUUUUUUUGAGCAA